GAGAGGUGGAGGCAGACGAGGGGAAGAGCAGGUUCUGCCAUCACAGCUUACAUUUGGCACUGCCACUUAGGAGCUUUAUGACCAUAGGAGAGUCUCUACCAACCUCUCAAAGUUGUUGUGAGGAUGAAACGAGAAAAGGAACGAGUAGGGCCUUAUACCCAGUAAGCAUUCAAUCAAUGUCAGCUCUCUUGACUUACUUUCUCCAGGUUCAUUAUGGACUGAAUUGUGUCUCUCCAAAAUUCAGAUGUUGAGCCCUAUUUAUGGAGGUAAUGUGACUAUAUCUGGAGGCAGGGUCUUUAGGAGGUAAUGAAGGAAAACUGAGGUCAUAAGUGUGGAGCCCUAGUCCAAAACAAUGUGGGCUUAUAAGAAGAGGAAGAGCACAAGAGAGAUCUCUCCCUACCUUAGUCAUGUGAGAGGACAAGAGACAAGAGUAAGAGGAGGCUGUCCAUAAGCCAGAGGAAGGGCUCCCACACAAACCACAUGCAGGCACCCUGCUCUCAGGCUUCAGCCUCCAGAACUGUGAGAAAAUAAAUGUGUGUUGUUUAAGCCACCCAAUCUAUAACAUUUUGUUAUGGCAGCCCCAGCCGGCUGAGGGUCAAUUAGAAAAGUGCUCUUACAGAUGAUAGAGUGCAAAUCUUAACUGCAAUGACAUUUAAAGAGUGAAUUUAUGAAAGGUCAAAGGAAGCGAGUGGAAUAAUUAAAUAUGAGCUAUAUUUGGGGCUUGAGCAUUUUCAAAGGUGAUCCAAUACAUUUGGUGUGUGUGACUAUUUCCAGGAUAAAGAUGGUCCUGAGCGUGUCAAAACUCUACAGAUGCUUUUCUAUGUGGCUGAGCAAAAUGCUCUCCUUGUUGUUUUCAUUCUUACUGUUGCAUGAUAAACAGAAGGACACUAAACUCUAAGAAAGCAAUCCAGUCAUGGCCAGCAUGGGGAGACCAGUGCCAAGAGAUGGGAUGGCAAGGGAAGAGAGGUGAAAUACACUCCUUAAAAGGAGAAGGAAAACGGGCCAAGAACCCAGGAGCCUCGGCACUAAGUGGUGUGACAGCGGAAAGGGGAAGUGGUAGUGGUGCUACCCUACCAACAGUGCUCACUGGGAGAAAUGCAGGCUGGACGCUGGAUAACACAACUUCGCAGUUUUAACACCUGCAAGUGCUGAUAAACACUGCCUCAGCAAAGACCUCACUGGACCAUCAUCACAGCAAAAUGAAGCAAGCACAGCAGGACAGGGAUUUUGUCCCCAGGGAGGAAACUGGUUUGGAAUGUUUAAGUGGGGAUCCCUUGGCUGGGAAAUGCUGGAUGCAGUCAUCGAGCCAUGAUUUUCUGAUUCCAGAUGCAGUGUCCUUUCUGUGACAAAUGUCAAAAUAUGCUCCCCCUUUGCAUCUGAUCUUGAUGUGGUUUUGCAAGGUCAUAGGUUUUCUCCACAUCCCAUCUCAUUCCCUGACCAAUAUUCUUCCCCCCACAAAAAGUCACUAGAUGGUCUUUUCCAGCAUAGAAAAUAACACUAAACAGGCUAUAGGAAUGGACAGAAGAAAAGCACGUAAGUCAGGCCUUACUGACAAAAUCCCUUCAUCCGGUGUGGCUGCUUUCAGCCUUGAUGGAGCUCUUGGGCAUGCGUCACCAUUCCACAUGACCCUGCAAAGGGUAACUAUUCUGAGGACUGCCGUCUUGCAGCUGUGAGAACUGAGACUGAGAAAUGUUAAGGACCUUAGCCAGUGACAUGGCUCCUACAGACUAAGAGCCAGACCUCAGACCUGCAUGUCCCCCUUCCCCUCCCCAUAGGGGACAGAGCUCUGGUUUGACAGCCACAGGCUCUUUGGUUCCCGUCCUUUCACGCACUUCCCAUGCGAUCCUGGUUCGGGGCUUGUACAGCCCUGGGCUUCCUUUCCUCCCACCGCAGACUGAAGGGGCUGGACUGGGUGGUAUCUAAGAACAUUCUCUAAAGUGGCUGGUAAGAAAACAAUCACAAAUACUAGAACAAAUAUUGUCCAGACUCUUUGUGUCGCCUCUCAAAUGUGCUUCAGGGAGUGAGCCGCCAGAGAGAGGAGGAUAUUUAUGUUUGUUCGUGAGGUCGACAAAUACUUCUUUCAAGCUCCAUCAAACAAUCAGGUCUGCACGAGCCAGAGGGUCAUUGCACGUCGUGGGCCUUGCCUGCCGUGCUCCUCUCUCUGCCACUGCUCGAAGCCUGGGAGGACGCUUUUGAAAGGAAUCAGGAGAUUACUUAUCAGUCUGAAGCCCUACAGAGUUAUGAGUACUGCUCACUGCCAAAGGGAAGGGGAUUUUGAGUGAAAGUCCCACAUCUGUGCACAGUAGAGUUCAAAGACUCCAGCUGUCGGAAGGUCUUGCGAGCAAUAGCCAAAGAUGUUUAUCUUGCUCUAUGUUACAAGCUUUGCCAUUUGUGCAAGUGGACAACCUCGGGGUAAUCAGUUCAAAGGAGAGAGCUACUCACCAAGGUACAUCUGCAGCAUUCCCGGCUUACCUGGACCUCCAGGCCCCCCUGGAGCAAAUGGCUCCCCUGGGCCCCACGGUCGGAUCGGCCUUCCAGGACGAGACGGCAGGGACGGCAGGAAGGGAGAGAAAGGAGAAAAGGGGACGGCAGGUUUAAGAGGUAAGACGGGACCCCUGGGCCUUGCUGGAGAGAAAGGGGACCAAGGAGAGACUGGGAAGAAAGGACCCAUGGGACCAGAGGGAGAAAAAGGAGAAGCAGGUCCAGUUGGGCCUCCUGGACCAAAGGGAGACAGAGGAGAGCAAGGGGACCCAGGGCUGCCUGGAGUUUGUAGGUGUGGAAGCAUCGUGCUCAAAUCUGCCUUUUCUGUUGGCAUCACCACCAGCUACCCGGAAGAAAGGCUACCAAUCAUAUUUAACAAGGUCCUCUUCAAUGAGGGAGAGCAUUACAACCCUGCAACAGGGAAGUUCAUCUGUGCUUUCCCAGGGAUCUAUUACUUUUCUUAUGAUAUCACAUUGGCGAAUAAGCAUCUGGCAAUUGGGCUGGUACACAAUGGGCAGUACCGGAUAAAGACCUUCGACGCCAACACAGGGAACCAUGAUGUGGCUUCGGGGUCCACAGUCAUCUAUCUGCAGCCAGAAGAUGAGGUCUGGCUGGAGAUCUUCUUCACUGACCAGAAUGGCCUCUUCUCAGACCCAGGUUGGGCAGACAGCUUGUUCUCCGGAUUUCUCCUGUAUGUUGACACAGAUUAUCUAGAUUCCAUAUCAGAAGAUGAUGAGCUGUGAUCAGAACUGCUGACUUAACUUUCUAAGAUCUUUGUGGUAAAUGCUUUGGUUUAAUCUGGGGCCCUAGAAAGUGGGACAAGCAGAAAUGAGAUCCAAAGAGACUCCCGCUCAGAUUCCAGAGUAUUUACACAAUUGUAGCAGAAUCUAUUAAAACAAGAUGAACCACCAAAUGGUUCUAAAGUCAUUAAAUCUAUUAAAACAAGAUGAACCACCAAAAUGAAUUACAUAAAACAAUAAUCCCCAAUACAAAUGGUUUUAAAAGGGAUGGUCAUAAAUAUUUAAACAACAUAAAGACAAUGUUAACAAAUUUUCUCUUAAAAUCCCUGAGUGAUAAAACCCAGUUGGCAAUGAUACUGUCUCAUUAAAUUUUCAUAAAAUAACAUUUUGCCUGUUAUUUAAGAGAAUCAUAAUAUCCCAGACAAAGUCUUUGACAAUUCUCCAAAGGCUAUAGUUAGUCAAAAUCCAAAGAUAGGAGAUAUUAAUUUCAAGCAAGUGAAGUGAUAAUUUCCUUUGUUUUUUUAUUCAUUCUUUCAUGCUUGUAUAUAUUCACUCAACAACUCUUUAACCAGCCUGUAUGAUGCUGGGUCAGAUUUAGAAGUGAGUCAAGACAAAAUCUCUACUUUCAUACAGGCUAGUGUGUGAUGAACAUACUGUCACAAUUUAGUUUUUGAGCACUAAUGGCCAACAGGCUGACUAAAUUCUGGAGGCAUAGGAGACCUCCAGAGGCCUUCCUGGGGGCGGGGGCCAGAGAAGGUCUAACAAAUGGAGGAACACUAAGUAGGCUAAGAUGCAUGUGUUUAAGUAGGUGGGAGGGAUGGAAGGACACAAGGAAUUCAGCAGCUGCAUUCACUCCAAUCCCUUCCUCACAACACCACUGGUACUUGCAGUCAGGAAGGGGAGAGAAGCCUAGAGACUGAAACUGGCCAGUAGGUCAUUCUUCUAAAUCCUUUCACGUGAUUGUUUCCCAAGAUGAAUAGCCGUCCUCUCGUGUUCUCACAACUAAGGGCGCUGCUUUAACAUUGCAGGAAAACUAUUUCUCGUGGAUUUCCUAGGUACUCAAUUCAAAUAAAACGAAGCACAUAUCCACUGAUUUAUGAGUGAGCGGAUGGGAGUGAUCAGGAGGAGGAGGAGGGAGAGGGACCAGAUGUCUGAGCAAACAGCUGUGCCUUCCAGGCCCCACACCUCCCGCAGCCUCACUCUCUCUUCCUGUUGGCAUCUUGUUCCGCACUGAGCUGCAUUUCCUCAGUUACUCUCACCCAUGAUUCUCUCUCACCUGCCAAUCCCUUAGCUGAUAGGAAGAGUGUUUCCCUACCCUCCCAUUUAGUAGCUUCUAAUGCUCCUUCCAUGCAUUCUGUCUGCUCGGUCUUUUAACAAAUACUGUGUGAUGCCUGCUAUACGUGAGUCGCCACGCCGAGUUCUGUGUCAGUGGAGGAGCACCAAGAUGAACGUGACUCAGCCCCUGCCAGCAAACUUCGAAGGAUGCAUGAAAGGAAAUGACGUGCAUAUCCCUACUCAAAAUAUCAAGAAUUAUGGAAAUGGACAUGCUAAAAAAUAUGUUAAGUGCUUAACUGGAGAUAGAGACAAAAUGCUGUAGAAGAACUGCUGAGGUGGAAAUAUUUACUCCCAAGUUUGGGGUGAGAGAGGAGAGCUAGGUGAGUCUCCUCUGUGCCCUGGACUGCAAGUGAUAGACGGGACUUGGCAUAGUCAAAGUGGGGGCAGGGGCACUUCAGACAGGCGUGAUAAUGGGGGCAAAGCAUAGAAGAGAGACAGAGACCCAGAGGAGGAACCCAUGAGCCACAUUUGCAAGAGCCUCACAUGUCAGCCUGAGGACUGGGGGCUCCAUUCAUGAGGAGGGAUAGAGCCCCCAUGCAUUCCAGAGCCAGGUGCUGUCAUGAUCAGAGGUGACAUUCCCAGUGACCAGGCAGCAAGGUGCAUGAACAACCCUUGCUUCUCCCGUCUGUCAGACCCAUCUUGAUCCCAUCAUCUUCUUCCACCUGCCCUGCUUUGUCCACUCUUUCUCUCCUUCUGAAUUAGGACAUGGAUCUAGAGCACCAGGGGCAGCAAAGGUUAGACAAAAAAGAAAGAGCAAAAGUGCUCUGAGAUAGUCGCCUAGAUAGCAGCUGAACCUGGAACACCAGGCCGUACAGUGUGAGA